UGUGAUUGGAUCCUGCUGUUGUUUCGCUCGCUAUUCUCAUCAAGAUGGCUGCUGUUGUCGGGGAUGGAGAAUAACGGCAGGCUGUCAUCCGCAAACAGGCCGAGGAAACAGAUCUAAAAACCCGAAGCGGACAACUUCUAGUGAAACUAGUUCUUUUCCUGAAGGAAGAAGGUCAGGGACAGACGAGCCGCAGACAUGGACACCACCACGUCCAUCAAGAUGACCACUCUGGCCAUCCAGAACCUGUUCAGCUACGUAGAGGAGGAGAACCUGGGCGCCCUCAAAGCUCACCUGGACCGCUUCAAGGAGGUGGACGGCCGCAGCGACAACGGACAGACGCCGCUGAUGCUGGCGGCGGAGCAGGGCAGCCUGGAGAUCGUCCAGGAGCUCAUCAGGAGGGGAGCCAACGUCAACCUGGACGACGUGGACUGCUGGUCGGCUCUGAUCUCUGCAGCCAAAGAGGGUCACCUGGAGGUGGUGAGGGAGCUGCUGGAGAACAGCGCCUACAUCGAGCACAGAGACAUGGGCGGCUGGACGGCGCUGAUGUGGGCGGCUUAUAAAGGGCGAGUGGAGGUGACCCAGCUGCUGCUGGAGCACGGAGCCAACCCCAACACCACGGGACAGUACAGCGUGUAUCCCAUCAUCUGGGCCGCAGGACGGGGACACGGCGAGAUCGUCAGGCUGCUGCUGCAGCACGGAGCCAAAGUCAACUGUUCAGAUAAGUACGGAACCACCUCCCUGAUCUGGGCCUCCAGGAAGGGGCACUACGACUGCGUGAUGCAUCUGCUGGAGAAAGGAGCCGACGUCGACCAGGAGGGCGCGAACUCCAUGACGGCCCUGAUCGUGGCCGUGAAGGGCGGCUACACGGAGGUGGUGAAGGAGCUCCUGAAGAGGAACCCCAACGUCAACAUGACGGACAAGGACGGGAACACGGCGCUGAUGAUCGCCGCCAAAGAAGGCUACACCGAGAUCGUCCAGGACCUGCUGGACGCCGGGACGUACGUCAACAUCCCCGACCGGAGCGGGGACACGGUUCUGAUCGGAGCGGUGAGGGGCGGCCACGUGGAGAUCGUCAGAGCGCUGCUGCAUAAAUACGCCGACAUCGACAUCAGAGGACAGGACAAUAAGACGGCUCUGUACUGGGCGGUGGAGAAAGGAAACGCCACCAUGGUCCGGGACAUCCUGCAGUGUAACCCGGACACUGAGACGUGCACCAAGGAUGGAGACACGCCGCUGAUCAAAGCCACUAAGAUGAGGAACAUCGACAUCGUGGAGCUGCUGCUGGAUAAAGGAGCCAAAGUGUCGGCUGUGGACAAGAAAGGAGACACCCCGCUCCACAUCGCCAUCCGCGGCCGCAGCCGCCGCCUGGCCGAGCUGCUGCUCCGCAACCCCAAAGAUGGCCGCCUGCUGUACCGACCCAACAAGGCCGGAGAGACGCCGUACAACAUUGACUGCAGCCACCAGAAGAGCAUCCUCACCCAGAUCUUCGGGGCUCGUCACCUCUCCCCCACAGAGACCGACGGCGACAUGCUGGGUUACGACCUGUACAGCUCGGCUCUGGCCGACAUCCUGAGUGAACCCACCAUGCAGCCGCCCAUCUGCGUGGGUCUGUACGCCCAGUGGGGCAGCGGGAAAUCCUUCCUGCUCAAGAAGCUGGAGGAUGAGAUGAAGACGUUCGCCGGGCAGCAGAUCGAGCCGCUGUUCCAGUUCUCCUGGCUGGUCGUCUUCCUUUCUCUGCUCUUUUGCGGCUCCGUCGCCGUCGUCCUCGGCUUCACAGUGGACGCCAAGCUGGCCAUGGCGGUCUCCCUCAGCCUGCUGGCUCUGCUCUACCUGUUCUUUGUGGUCGUGUACUUUGGCGGCCGUAGGGAGGGUGAAAACUGGACAUGGGCGUGGCUGAUCAGCACCCGUCUGGCCCGUCACAUCGGGUACCUGGAGCUGUUGCUAAGGCUGAUGUUCGUGAAUCCGCCGGAGCUGCCGGAGCAGAGCACCAGAGCUCUACCUGUCAGGUUCCUAUUCACAGACUACAACCGUCUGUCCAGCGUCGGCGGAGAGACGUCGAUGGCCGAGAUGAUCGCUACGCUGUCAGACGCCUGCGAGAGAGAGUUUGGUUUCCUCGCAGCGCGUCUGUUCCGAGUGUUUAGGACUGAGGAGACGCAAGGUAAAAGGAAGUGGAAGAAGACGUGCUGCGUGCCGUCCUUCGUCCUCUUCGUCCUCAUCCUGGCCUGCCUGAUCGCCGGCAUGGCGCUGCUGGCCGUCUUCAAGGUGGACGGCGAGAACCAGACGGUGAACGCCGUGCUGAUCGCCAUCGGCAGCGUGGUGGGCCUGGCCGUGCUGCUCAACUGCAAGACGUGGUGGCAGGUCACCGACUCGGUGCUGAACUCGCAGAGGAAGAGGCUGCAUAGCGCCGCCAACAGGAUGCACAAGCUGAAGAGCGAGGGCUUCAUGAAGGUGUUGAAGCAGGAGGUGGAGCUGAUGGCGAGGAUGGCGAAGACCAUUGACAGCUUCACCCAGCAUCAGACCAGGCUGGUGGUCGUCAUCGAUGGUCUGGACUCCUGUGAACAGGAUAAAGUUCUACAGAUGCUCGACACGGUCCGCGUUUUGUUCUCCAAAGGCCCGUUCAUCUCCAUCUUCGCCAGUGACCCGCACAUCAUCAUCAAAGCCAUCAACCAGAACCUGAACAGCGUCCUCAGAGACUCCAACAUCAACGGACACGACUACAUGCGCAACAUCGUCCACCUGCCCGUCUUCCUCAACAGCCGAGGACUCUCCAGCGCCAGGAAGAUGUGCGCCGCCGCGCCGGCCAACGGGGACGCCGCCAACUCUGAAGUGGGUUGGCAUGAGGAGCUGGACAGGAAGCUGUCUCAGCACAGCCUGGGAGAAUUAACCAAGUUCGGCAGCAAGACGGCGCUGAACCGCCGGGAUACGUACCGGCGGCGGCAGGUGCAGCGCUCGGUGACCCGUCAGAUGUCCUUCGACCUGACCAAGCUGAUGGUGACGGAGGACUGGUUCAACGACAUCAGCCCGCAGACCAUGAGGAGGCUGCUGAACAUCGUCUCUGUCACAGGCCGCCUCCUGAGAGCCAAUCAGAUCAGCUUCAACUGGGACCGGCUGGCGUCCUGGAUCAACCUGACGGAGCAGUGGCCCUACAGGACGUCCUGGCUCAUCCUGUACCUGGAGGAGACAGAUGGAGUCCCCGACCAGGCCACGCUCAAGAGCAUCUACGAGAGAGUGUCCAAGAACAUCCCAACCACGAAGGACGUGGAGCCGCUGCUGGAGAUCGACGGAGACAUCCGCAGCUUCGAGGUCUUCCUGUCGUCACGGACGCCGGUCCUGACAGCCAGAGACAUCCGGACCUUCCUGCCCUGCACCGUCAACCUGGACCCGAAGCUCCGAGAGAUCAUCGCAGAUGUCCGCGCAGCCCGGGAGCAGAUGAACAUGGGCGGGGUCACCUACCCGGCCCUCCCCCUGCAGGAGGCCCAGCCCCGCCCCACCUCGGUCUACAGCCAGGUGUCGUCCACCUGCUCGCCCUCCGCCUCCUUCAACGGGCCCUUCAACCCGCCAGCAGGGGGCAUCAUCUCCCCGCAGCCUCACAGCAGCUACUACAGCGGCAUGGCUGGCCCGCAGCAUCCCUUCUACAACCGGCCAUAUUUCUCCCACCAUCUUUACCAUCUGCCACGCCCGUUCGUGGCCUCCUUCCCUCCACAUCUUCAUCUACGGCCGCCUCCUAAAACCUCCUUCAGCAGAGACGCCGGCGCCGCUGGACCCUCUAAGAGUUCAUCUUUUAAAAGGAAGCAGGGAUCGGCGUCGGUCGUGUCGGGUUCUCCCGCCAUCCUCCUCAGCUCCAUGACGACGGACGGCGUCUGUGAGCGUGUGCGGCAGACCGAAGGCAUCGACCAGAGCAUGAUCGCUCAGUACACCGCCACCAUCAAGAAGGCCAACAUCAACGGCAGAGUUCUGUCCCAGUGCAACAUCGACGAGCUGAAGAAGGAGAUGAAUAUGAACUUUGGCGACUGGCAGCUGUUCCGAGCCACGAUUCUGGAAAUGCGUCACAUUGAGAGUCAGGUGCUGCACGAGGAAACCGCCAGUGAGCAAGGCAGCAUGGUGGGGGGUCCCACUGAGGUGGGGAGGCGGGCCAUGGCGCCGCCGCACGCCGGAGCCAGCAAUGCGGACGGGUCGCCGAUGUACAGCUUCAACCUGAGCUUUGAGGAGCUGAGUGGCGUGGGGCUGGAUGAGGCGCCGCGGCACGGAAACGUCCAGUGGACGGGGGGCGCUCACCGGACCGCCAGCAUGACCAGCUUGAACUCGCAGGAGUCGUCGAAUGACAUCGGCAAGCUUACCGACAAGCAGCAGGCCGAGUACCGCAACGCCUACCAGGAGUACAUCGCCCAGAUGGCCCAGCUGGAGAUGAGCGGCAUCGGCGAGAAGCCCGUCCAGCCUCAGCCUGGGCAGUUCAUGACAUCAUCAACGGGGGACAAGAAUAAGGACGGCGCAGAGCAAGACGGACGCAAGUCCUUCAACAAGAGAGGCGGGGCCAAGCUGGCGGCCGACGCCACUGACUUCAACUCCGGCGGAGAUUCGCUCGAUCCGAUCACCGAGGAGGACGAGAAGACCGGCUCGUCCAGGUCCCUGCUGACCCGUAAGCUGUCCGCCGAGCGCGGCGGAUUGUUCCAAGGCGCUAGCGACCUGAAGCUGAAAGCCAGCGGCGGCCUGCGUUACCAGAAGCUGACCAGCGACGACGAGGAGUCCGAGGAGUCCGACAACCCUCUGCUGCCCAAAGACGGAAAGAAGCCGCUCGACCCCAAGCUACCCGGCGGCUCGCUGGCGCUGAAGGGGAAGGACUACCUGUCGGACGCCAUGUUGGACAAGAAGGACUCGUCCGACUCCGGCGUGCGCUCCAACGAAAGCUCUCCCAACCACUCGCUGCAGGACGAGGAGGCCGACCUGUCUCAGCUGGAGAGGGCCAACCUGAUCGAGCUGGACGAGGAGAGCGCCGGCAGGAAGCGCGGCCUCCCCAGCAGCCUGAGCGGCCUUCAGGACCCGGCCGUGGCGCGCAUGUCCAUCUGCUCCGAGGACCAGUGCAGCCUGCUGGCCAGCAGCCCCGAGGAGAGCUGGACCUCCUCCAGGAGCUACAACCUCAACCGCACGCCCAGCAACGUCACCCUGAACAACAACACCAACGCCCAGCAGGGCGGCCGGCCCCACCCACCAGCCGAGGGCUCCACCUCCUCCAACCAGACCUCCACUGGCGACGUCAUCAUCCCGCCGACGACCACCGCCACCAGGCCAGGCCCCAACAACGAGAACGUCCGCGUGGUCCACCUGAAGAGAGGCCUGAAACCCGGAGACCCGCCGGAGAUCUGCGCCGUUACCUCCGACACCGUCACCUUCGGCGAGGAGCGCGAGAGCAUCCUGUGAGCUCACGGCGAGAACGAAAUAGAGUCGCUGAAGCUCCGCCUCCUGAAAGAAGCUGGAGUCGAUCAGUUAGCUGUUGUAGUCGUAGUUGUAGUUGCACGUGUGGAACAGCUGAGGCUUCGUGUUGACGUAAAAAACUCCGCUGCAUGCUGUCGUGACGUUCGCCUCAUCGUAGCGAUCCCGUUAGCUUAGCAUGUUUAUCUCCUCAUCAGAGUUUUACCUAAAUUUGCUGCUAGUUUAGAUUUUAGGCGUCUUUGAUGUCAGUAUUUUAAGCUCUUAUCUGGACCAGGUGUCGCCUCCUGGACUUCCUGCUUAAAUAAAAAUGAAAUAAAAAACUAAAGUUGGUGUUAAA